AAUUGAAGGUGCCUCAUGGCAGUUGCACAUGCCUCACACGUUGAUUAGUGACUUGUGCUUCCUUUUACUUUCAUUUUGAAUCUAAAUCUCUAGGAAUGAAUUAUGUGACCGCUAUAUAAAGAAUGAAUCUAAGACGAGGUAAGAGCAUCCCAAACUUGAGCUUCAAAUUAAUAAUAUUGAAAGAAUUAGUGCUAUGGCAAACAAGUAUAGUGUUCGAUCAAUUAGUUUGCCAUCUAGAUUUCAUCCUAGCACAAUUAGAGUACAUGAGGAAUUGAACAAGCUCAAGACUUGGGAAGGAACAUCCACAUCUACAUCAAGCUCCAUUCAAACGGGUCUUUCCUUGAUUGAAGAAUUGUAUAUUUCAUUGGAAGAUCUUCUCAACAUGGCAUCAACCCAACAAGUGAUUUCUCACCAUAGAGGUGAGAAAUGCAUUGAAGAGGUGUUGGAUAGUUCAAUGAGAAUUUUGGAUAUUUGUGGCAUCACUAAGGAUACAAUUCUUCAAAUCAAGGAAAAUGUUCAAGCCCUUCACUCUUGUCUAAGGAGAAGAAAAGGUGAUUCAAGUGUUGAAAGAAGUGUGGAAGAAUACAAAUUUUUCACAAAACUGAUGAAGAAAAAUGUCACCAAGUUGAUCACAAGUUUGAAGCAUAUGGAUAGUAAAUUUGGGGUGUCCCAAAUUUUAGAACUUGAUCAUCACCUUUGCUCUAUAAUUAGAGUGUUUAGGGAAGUGAUUACAAUGAACUUGUCUGUUUUUCAAUUCAUUUUGUCAUUUUUGAAUGUGUCUUCAUCAAAGUCUAAGGCAACUAAAUGGAUGUUGGUGACAAAACUAAUGCACAAGGGUGCUAUAACAUUUGAAGAUAACUCAGAAAAUAUCAAUGAGUUGCAAUGUGUGGAAGCUACUUUAAAUACCCUUUUAAGUGAAUCCACUAUUGGCGAAAAGUUUCAGGCUGCACAUGAAAGAUUGGAGGCUUUGGAGAAUGCAAUUGAAAGUAUUGAGAAUGGUUUAGAGAACUUAUUUAGACACUUAAUUAAAAUUAGAUCCUCCCUCUUGAACAUAAUCUCUCAAUAGAACUAUUCAAUGACAAUUUCUCUAAAUCUUGCAAGGCAUCCAAAGUUUUUGUGUGGAUAUGUUGAGGAGUAAAUAAUUUUACCUCAAUAAUUAUAAUGUAUAAAUUUGAGUAGUAGUAUAAUGAAAUGGAAUGAAAAAGAUUGCACUCUA